AUGCGCCUGAGUUUCUCCCUUCUCGGCCGUUUUAUCCCCUGGAGGAGUGUACCCGGCUCACUUUGGGGUGGAAAGCGCAGAAAAAUUCCUCGACUUACCGGUGCACGCAAGGCAGCUUUUAUGGACGAACUGUUACUCACUCAGCAAAAUGAACGUUACCUCUCAAACCCCUACUUAUCUGUCGAAGCUGAGGCCACCACUUUGGCAGCUGAACAGGCCCGAGAAAUCGCCGCGGAAGAUCGGGUCUUUUACAAAGUAUACGAGGACAAAUUUAGAAAGCGUUUUCCUGACCGAAAGUUGGAAAAUUUUUGGUCGCAUCUAAACACAACUCGUAAAUUUGCUGUUUAA